AUGGAUUCAAAUCAGAUGCUGAGUGUGCCCCUGUUCUGUGCACCCAUUGGUUCUCACUUCUUCUGUUUCUUGACUGUGAUCUUCGUGCCGUCGAGUCUUGCUGAAAAACGAGAGCGGGGGGGGGUCGCAAGCGUAGUGGUGUUUCCGGGGUGCCUGCAGCCUCUCAGCAUCUUCGAGCCGUGGGCCGAGCGGCUGGUCCACUUCGUCCUCAACAAGGUCCACAAGCAGCGCGUCUUCGCCCUUCUCUACACCCCCAGCGCCACCGACAUCCUCGCCGCCGAAGAAGCCGAGCAGAACCGCGUGGGUGUGUUGCUGCGCGUGGUCAACGCAUACUACCCCAACAACCCUGGCAGCAGGUUCAUCGUCUUGGUGAAGUCGCUGCACCGGGUGGAGAUCAAGAGCCGCUACGACCACCAGGCCCUCAAUUUCCCCAUGGCCAACGUCGUCCGCUACCUCGACCACGACGAGCUCGAAGCCUCGCAGGUGGCGCCCGAGCUCAUGCGCCAGCUGCCGGCCCUCGUCGACGAUAAAGAGGCCGAAGCCGAGGCCGAGCCCGAGGCCGACCCGGCUGCCGCAGCCUAG